AUGUCCAUAUCAGAUGGAGAUAGCUCGGUCCCGGCCCUGGCCCUUGGCCUUCGCCAUUACCGCGACCAGAACGACGAGGAAAGCGUCUACGACAGGAUCAGGGAGUUUGUCCGCUCUCUGGGUCUCUCUGCGAGCGACGGUCUCAUCUACCAUGCUACCGAGAAUACACAUGAGGACCUGAAAGAUGUCCUAAACCCACGCGAUCACGAAUGCUCAUCGAAUUGCACUGCAGACUCGCACGGCACCAUUACCCCGACCCUCUCCAUCCCUUCAUCCCCUGAACGCCUACAACCCCUGAUUCCCCCCACAAAUUAUGGUGCGGUUCUGCCCGGGUGCAUCUACCGCAGUGGAUACCCGCAGGAGAAGAACUAUGACUUCAUCAAGCACGUUGGUAUCAAGACAAUCUUGACUCUCGUGCCGGAGCCCCUUACGCCUGAGUUCCAGGCCUUCAUGAAAGAUGCUGGCAUCCAGCACUUCCACGCCCAUAUACGCGCCAAUAAGGGCGAAGUCCGCGUCGAGUCGUGCGAAAUGGCACGGGCUCUCCGUCUCAUCAUGGAUCGCUCAAACCAUCCCAUCCUUGUACAUUGCAACAAGGGAAAGCACCGCACUGGAUGCACCAUCGCUUGCUUCCGGAGGGUGCUCGGCCUCGACCCUGACGUCAUCCGCGAGGAAUACCACACGUACGCCGGCGUCAAGGCCCGCUUUCUCGACGAGGUCUUUUUCGAGAAUUUUGACAUCAACCUCGUCAUGUGGGUCGCGCGCCAACAAGGCUGGGUCACACCUGAAAUGGAUAUUGCACCGCCCACGCCACCAGCCUCCAUCACAUCCAGCGGCACCGUUAAGGCUGUCGCUCUCGCAUGACCACACAUAUCCUGUACUACAUCAUACACACUUUUUCUCUCGCAUAUUUUGGCGUUCAACAAGGGGGGCCCCAUGGAAUCAAGGUCGAAGACCAUUCCCACUAAAAUGAUUUGUCUUUUUUUAUUUUGGUCCCUUUUCGGGACCCGGCGUAACAAGGGGAGUCAAUCAAGGCGAUACCAUUCAAAUCAAUGCAUUGGGGUUUGUACUAAGGUUGAAGGCAGGAUCCGGCGUUUUGGGUACUU